AUGUCGCAUCUCGCCCCCUCCCAAGCAGCCAUCUUCUCCCCCUCCGUCGCCCGCGCCGCAGCCUCUACCGCAAAAGAUUGGUCUUACAUCGACACCUGGCUGCGUAGCAUCUUCUCCAAUUCUUCCUCUUCCUCUUCUUCUUCCUCUUCGUCCCGUCGCCCGCCCCAUUUCGAACGCAACCCCGAAACCCUCAAGGCCCUCCUCGCCCUGGCCGCCGCCAACGAAGCCGCCGACGACCACCGCGAGCAGCUCUUCCGCGUCGAGCAGGCCGCCCUCGACGAGAUACGCGCCGCGGAAAAGGACCGCGAGGACCGAAGACAGCGUGUAGAAGCGCAAAAGCAAAACCAACAAGGCUAUGAAGGAGAAGAACAAGAACAAGAAGAAACAACAAUAGACCCCGAAAUCCUCGCCUCCGACCUCCUCUCCGCCCUCGAAGCCAACCUCUCCAAAGACGGCGCCGCCGCCCUCGAAGCCAUGGCCGCCGUCGCCGCCGAGCUCGGCGUCGCCUACCCGACCCCGGAGGUCCUCGGGUCCCAGUUCGUCGAGCUGCAGGGCCGCGCCCUCGAGCUCGAGGACGGCCUCGAACGCGUCGAUCUGUUGCGCCGGUACCUCGACCGCGAGGCCGCGCGCGCCGAGGCCUUCCUCGCUGAGCUGCGGCACAGCAGCAUAUUCGCCCUCCCUCCCGAUCUCCCCCGGCAGAACCUCGAGCUCCAGCGCCUCGUGAAGAGCACGUCCUCGCGCCUGCCGGAGCUCACGCAACAAGUACUCUCCCUGGAGAAAACCGUCGGCAUUCCCAGCGUUACCGUCGAGGACGUGCGCGCGGACGAGGAAGCGUAUCUAGACUUGCUCGCUCGGAAGAAGGACCUCGACGCCCAGGUGCGCGCCUUUGCGGGACUGCCGCCCGACGUCGAGGCCGCGCGCGCCGAGCUGGAGGCCCUCCGCGCCGAGCUCCGGGAUGCGACGGAGCGGCGAGAUGAGAAUUUCGAAAAGUUGGUGGAGCGCGAGAGUCCGGUCAAGGUCAGGAGGAGACCCAGAUUAGAUUAG